GCUAGACAGCCGCAGAAAGCUGAGAAACCAAUAGUGACCGGAACCAGAACCACGCACUCCACCCUCCUCAGUAAGUAGAUGCUGGACCUUAGGAGGAGAGAGACAAAAUGUCUACUGGAGCAGACACCAAGGCGAGAGUGGGAGCCAUUCCCAAUGACAGCGAUUUAAACAUGGCCCAAGAACAAUCCUUCAAGAAAGGCUUCUGCUCACUGAGGCACGGUCUAGCCUUCAUCUUGCACCUCUGUAAUUUUUCAAUUUAUACCCAACAAAUGAACUUGAGCAUUGCCAUAACAGCUAUGGUGAACACCACAGUAGCAUCCAGCCAGCUCAAUGCUUCCACCGCAAGGCCCCCUACUGACUCCCAAGACUUCGGGAAUGAAACACUCCAGGCAUCUAAGGCCCCUGUGUAUGACUGGACUCCUGAGAUCCAGGGAAUCCUCCUCAGCUCCCUGAGCUAUGGAUCAUUCUUAGCUCCGAUCCCCACUGGUUAUGUGGCUGGAGUGUUUGGAGCCAAGUAUGUGGUUGGAGCAGGCUUGCUAAUUUCUUCCAUCCUGACCCUCUUCACUCCCCUGGCGGCUGAUGCUGGAGUAGCCUUGCUCAUUGUCCUUCGGGUCAUCCAAGGCAUGGCUCAGGUUAUGGUAUUGACAGGUCAGUACUCAAUAUGGGUCAAAUGGGCUCCCCCAUUGGAAAGGAGUCAACUCACCACCAUCGCUGGAUCAGGGUCAAUGCUUGGGACCUUCCUUGUCCUCAUUGCUGGUGGGCUUCUUUGCCAGAACCUUGGAUGGCCUUAUAUCUUCUACAUCUUUGGUGGAAUUGGCUGUGCCUGUUGCCUGAUCUGGUUUCCUCUCGUAUAUGAUGACCCACAGAAUCACCCCUUUAUCAGCACCGGUGAGAAGAGAUACAUUGUGUGUUCCCUGGCUGAGGAGGAUUGCUCACCAGGAUGGUCUCUUCCCAUUAAAGCCAUGGUCAAAUCUCUCCCACUUUGGGCCAUUGUGGUAUCUUAUUUCUGUGAAUACUGGCUGCUGUCCACAGUAAUGGCAUACACACCCACAUAUAUCAGCUCUGUACUUCAAGCAAACCUCAGAGAUAGUGGAAUCCUGUCGGCCCUGCCGUUCAUGGCUGGCUGUGUCUGCAUCAUCCUUGGGGGGCUGUUGGCAGAUUUUCUCCUCUCCAGGAAAGUCCUCCGACUGGUAACUAUCCGGAAGCUUUUCACUGCCAUAGGGGUCCUUGUCUCAUCCGGGAUCCUCGUGCCCCUGCCUUGGGUCAGAUCCAGCCGCAGCACCACAAUGGCCUUCUUGGUUUUAUCUUCUGUCUUCUGCAGCCUCUGUGAUUCAGGGGCCCUCAUUAACUUCUUAGAUAUUGCUCCACGGUACGCUGGCUUUCUCAAAGGGCUGCUGCAGGUCUUCUCUCAUAUAGCAGGAGGCAUAGCUCCUACUGUGGCUGGAUUUUUCCUCAGUCAGGAUCCAGAGUUUGGCUGGAGAAAUGUCUUCUUGCUUGCAGCUGCUAUUGAUGUAGUAGGCCUUCUCUUCUACCUCAUCUUUGGCCAAGCAGAGGUACAGGACUGGGCUAAGGAACAGACAUUCACCCAUUUCUGAGAAAAGGGAACGAUGUGUGAGAUCCUGACACUUCCCUUCAAAGAUCUGCUUUUGUGCCUGCUUGACCACUAAAGCCAUCCAACUGGAAGGGGCUUCGUUUCCAGGAUCAUCUCAGAGAUCCUGGCUAUGUAACACUAAGGGUAUUUUUUUCCACACAACUGGAGGUUUCACAAGGAAAGGAAAGGAUUGGUUGUUUAUAACUGUAUGCUCCUGGAAGCACAGGUGUGUCCAACUGUCUAUGAAUCCUCUAUACUUUCCCCUGUUGCCAUGGUAAAAGCAUCAGGGGCUGGAGGACAAUUUGCCAUCAAAGCUAAAGAGGAAGCCAGAAGUACAGGAGUGAUGAGUUGGAACCAUAGGAGUGUGGUACCAUGAACUCUUUAAACUGUCAGCAAAAGAGACCUGACAACCCGGAAAAGAGGAUGUCUACAGGCUGAUGUCCUGGGGCAGGAGGCCAAAGUGGACAGUUGCUCAUAUGUUAAGUGAGGGGGUUAAAGAGCCAUUGUGAGCCAUUGGUGUGUGUAGGGUGUCUAACUGAAAACAGUCAGGAUCAAGAACAAUGGAGAGUGAGUCUGUCAUGCAAAAAGGAAUGAACUUUCUUCAACUAAUACAAGAGGGGUAAUGGAAUUCAACCAUUCUGGACAACUUUAUGUCUGUGGAUCUUGGCUUUGGAUCAAAACCACUUUUACAAUAUAAACCCCACCCAGGCACUCUCUGGA